AUGUCGCUGCGAAGCCAAAACGGAAAACCGUUAUCAAAUAUUUGUACAGCAGAGAGAGAUAGAGAAAGAGGACAGUGCCGUAGUUGUGUAUAUCGUUACUCGGGUGUGGUUAGGAUGAAGGGUGUUGUGGUGUGGAGCGAAGGGAAAGAAAGGGAUGUUUGCAUUGGAGACGUGCCCACAACGAUGGAUAAUAUUAGGGGAAAUUAA